AUGCGCGCGGCGGCCCAGGGUGUGGUAUUCCUGGUUUUCCACGUUGGCUCGGCCUGGACCAGGCAGCUGGGGGCGGUCGCCCGUGUGCAGCGAGGCCCGCCCCCGCCGUCGUCUGUGGGGGCGCGGGUGCCCGCCCCGCCCGCGCGGGGCUGCCCUGCGGCCGCGGUGCCACCCACCCCCGCGCUGGCCCAGGAGCAGAGCGCGGAGCUGGAGGCGGCCAAGGUCGACUUCCACUGGGGCGACGCGGUCUCGUUCGCAGUCUCUGCCGUGCCAGGUCGUGGAUCGCCCACUGGGGCGCGCUACGGCGCUGGCGGACUAGACGUGAGGCUCGUCGGCUCCCUCGUCGAGUGCGGUGAGCUCGCGGCCGUGUCGCCCGACUUCGACGUCUACGAGGGGGAGCUGAGCCCCAACAACGGCGGCUUGGAGGGGAUCCGCUUCUCGCGUUCGGUCGACGUGUGGGUCAACGAGCUGCCAGCAGAGGCGGACCAGGUGAGCAACCUGGAACGGGCUCACCGCGGGUUUCCGCUGGUGGGCGAGGCGGCCCGAGCACCAGUAGCCGUCGCCGUGGUGGGGACGCCCGUGCCCGCCAUGGGCCCUGCGCCUGGGGCCCCCCGUCUCGCCCCGACAGGCGGGGCGUGGGUCGUCGCGGAGCCGCUCGGGGGCCACGACAUCGGCGAGGAGUCCACGCUGCCUGCGGGGGCUGCGGGGCUGGGGGCCCGCGGCCUCGUGGUGAUCGACGGGGGCGCCGCCGUGCUCGAGCAGCUGGGCGCGGGGGCUGACCUCGCUCGCUGGGGCCUGGCGCAGAGCAACUCUCUCUGCGGUGGCCCGAGGACCCUGGCGCGGCCCCCGACGGAGCGGACCCUGGCCGGCGCCGCGCGCCCGAUGACGGCGUGCCCGUGGGAGGAGGACGUGGUCUUCCGCGGGGCGGUGCUGCUUUUGGCGGCGGUGGACGGGCUCAACAUGAAGAACUUUAUCGAUGGCGAGCUCCCCCUGAGGCGGAUCCCCGAGCACGGGGGGGCCGCGGCAGAGAAUCUCGAGGCACAGGACUACGAGGGGUCGGACUACUACCUAGGGAUCAACGAGCGUUCGGGAGGGGCCCCGACGGUGCCUUCGCUCUGGGCUCACGCCGCAACCGAGCUCAGCGAAGAGGCAGUGAUUCUGAAGGAGAAGCGGAAGGCACCGGAGGCCAGGGGAGCAGGCGUCACGGUCGGGAAGGCCCUGCUGCGCCUCAAGCGCUGGAACGCCGUCCAGUCGGCGGCGCAGGAGGCGGUCGACGGCCUGAACUUGCUCUUCGGGUGCGACCCGCAGGAGCUGCUGGCGCCGACGCAGCGUGACGGGGCUGAGGCUGUGGGCGGCUGCAGUCCCUUGCAUAGUGCGAUUCACCAGCACCUGUUCUCCACCAUCGCUUCGGGCAUGCCCGACCGUGUACAAAGUGACCGCGCCUCUUUUCGUGGGUUGGCUGGAGUGAAUGCGGAUUGCGAGAUGCUUGCGCGCGCGGUUGAGCCGUAUGACCCGACGAAGGCGCCCCUGCCAGAGGGGCAGGUGUCGCCCGUCGUCUUGACUGAUUUUGUCUCCCCCGAGCUCGGCCGUAGCCUCGACCUUGACACCUUCUUGGCCGAUGCUGACGUGGCCGAGCAGCGUCUUCGCCACGAGCCCGUCGGGUCCUACACGGAUGUCAGAAUCAGAGGUGAUGAAGAUGCUCGUCUCAAGUUCCUCAGGGGCCUGUACGACUGUGGGAUCUUGGGGUUCAGCGGGGCCUCGAAGGGCAAGAUUAUAUUUUUCUUCGUGGAAAAGAAGCAGGGCCGUCAACGGUUCGUCCUGGACUGCCGAGGGGUCAACCAGAUGUUCCGUCACCCCCCUAAGCCUGUCUUCGUCGCCACGGGCGGUAUACAGAAUUGUUUCUACCAGUGUGGGGUACCGUCUGCGCUGAGCGAAUGCUUCAGCUUCGAAGCCGUGGACGCUAGCCUUGCAAAGAAAGUGGGGGCGACUUCGGACGUGCGGGGGUUGUCAUUGCCAGAUGUCGGGGAGGCUCUGCAUGCCGAGUUGCUCCGUGAGGCUGGGUUCGGCCAGGAGUUGAUAAUGUCGAAUGCUUGGCCCGUCCCUCCAUCAACCGACGAUCCAGUUGCCCUACCCUACUGCGACAACCUCACUGUCUUCGGGAUGUCCAGGGGGCGCGUCAACCAGCGAUUUCGUGAGCUCACCGGGGUGUUCGAGGGGAAGGGCUUCGUGCUUCACGAGAUCCCCUGGGCCUCAACAUCUUCGGAUAUCCUGGGUGCCGCCUUUGACGGGGUGCGACGGGCGGUCCGUGCGAGGCCCAAGCGGGCCUGGACCCUUCGGGGAGCUCUUCGGCAUGCCGCUCGAGGUGGGUCGAUCUCUGGGAAGACUCUGGAGCGCCUCCUGGGCCACUACGUCGUCAAGGCCGUCAACCAGCGGCCUGCGCUGUCGGUUUUGCGGGCCUCCUACGUCUUCAUUCGGGACUGUUACUGGACCCCGAGGCCCCUGUGGGACUCUGUCUGCCGCGAGCUCCUGGUCUGCUCCAGCCUGGCCCCCCUGCUCUCGGGCAACUUUGGACGUCCCCGGCCCACUUCUGCGCUGGCGACAGACGCCUCGGGGAGCGGGCGGGGCGCGAUGGAGGCUGGCUUCGACAGUGAGGAGGUGAAGAAGAUCGGGAGGUGGAACGAGCGCUGGAGGUACGAGCGUCUGCCCCCGUCGGAGUGGGCGCCUCGUCGGCGCGCGCUGGCGGCCGAGCUCGACCCCCUCGUCGACCCUGCGACGUCCGACGCGGGCCCUUGGGACCUCGACGUGCUCGGCGGGGCCCCCUCGGAGUUCGCCUGGCGGCCUCGAGCGGGCUUCCCCGAGAUUCCGAAGGCCGCGAUCCUGGGGCGCCCCUGGAAGUGCUGGAGGGCGGGGAGGUACAGGUGUGAGGGGCCGGCCGGUAACAAGGAGGGUAGGGCCGUCAUCAAAGGUAUGAGUCUCAAACUCCUGGACCCCUGCCAGCACCACAAGAGGCACAUCGUCCUUGUCGACAACUUCGGCGUAGCCCUUUGUUUCUCAAGGGGGCGCGCGGCCUCCUUCGGGUUCCUGCUACUGGUCCGCCGCCUUGCUGCCCUCUCGAUUGCCACGGGCGCAUGGGUGGCGCCCCGCUGGAUUCCAAGCGAAUACAACCCCGCCGACGAGCCGCCCCGCCUCUUCGAGAAGCUCAAGGAGGCGCGGGCGACGCUGCACGAGGUGCCUGCGGUGGGAGCAGAGCUUGACGGGCCGCCACGCAGCCGCCGAGCCAUCGACUUCCUGCGGAGCCGCUGGAAUCCGACAGCCGCGGGCGGGGAGCUCGGCGCCUGCGAGCCCGCGACGGUCGGCGCCAAGGGCUCGGCCGCCUACCAGCACUUCGAGAACAUGUUCCGCGAGUGGCAGCGUCGCCGUGGCAGAACCACCGACGACCUCGACGCGAUCGAGGUGGGCCUGCUCGACGACCUGAAAGAACUACUAGCCGUCAACGCGAAGCUCACGCACGCCGAGAAGACGGGGCGCGGCCUGCUGCACAGCACGCUCUCGGCAGAGGUGAAGUCGGGCAUCUGCGCCCGCCUGAUCUACGACGGUGAGAGGCCCGCGGCCAUCCACAUCAAG